UGCCCGGUCCCGGCGCUGCCCCGCUCUCCCUCACCCUGGUGUCCCAGCCCUGAUCCUUACUCCCCGUCCCAGCCCUGAUCCUUAUCCCCUGUCCCAGCCCUGUCCCCAGCUCUGCUCCCCUCGCCCUGUCCAAACCCUGUUCCCCACCUAAGUCCGGCUUCCCCAGUCUGCUGGCAGGCAAGCCCCGGGAUACCCGGACAAGGGCACAUUGCAGACCCCAUAACUCUUCCCACCGUACAGAGUCACAGGGCGAUGUGUCAGCCCUCGAGUGCAGGGGAGCUACACAGAUUCCUGGGUGCUUGGUAUGCCAGUCUGCCAUGCCUUGUAAAACAGGUGUCUGGUGCUCACACGUGCUGGACACUGUUUUUCAUGGCUGCCUGCAGGCCCCUGGCAUCCUCGUGUAUCCUUCCCACGCCUGCGAAGUUCUGUGUGCUGCCUGCUGUGGGGCUGUCACAGCCGUAGCGUGGCCCAUGGUGCGAUGCUGGUGACCAGAUAUGCCUCUUGCACGUUUUGGGGUGGUCAUCCCAGUCACUUGCUUUCUGGUGUAAGUGCACUGUAGGGCUCUGGGCCUUGCCUUUCAGGCUGCUCUUGCUCCCUGAGUAGCUCCUUUGGGUUAUUUUAACUUCAUUUUCCCAGGCUGGGUCUUGCUUUGUUUCCUGCUUACAUUUCUUGGAUCCUUUCAACGGAUCCUUCCUUCCUUCCGUGUCUUUCUGGAUGGUGUUUACAACAGCUCGCUGCUCAGUAUCAUCUAAUGACAGUUCAUUAUUCAAGUAGAAGUUUGAGAGAUGCUGUAAAACGAGACCCUGAAGUUCAGCUAAGUUGGCUCUUGCUUGCCUCAUCAAAAAGCUUUGCCCAGUGAUUCUUCUGAAAUAACUUCUCUGGGCAAGCCAGUAUCCGUCAUUCAUUGUACAGGUAUGCAGGCUCCUUUAAUUGCCAGUUUUGUUCUGGGGAUAGGAACAGGGUUUAUCCUGUUGUCAGCUCUGGUUGUGUUGUCCUUUCUUACAGAGAAAAUCAGUGCCUUGUUUGCUCUAGCCAUCACUAGGGCCCUGGUUUCUCCUCAGCACUGUGUGUCAGCAGGUUAAUAGGUUCCUCUCCGCACUGGCCAGGCUGGCCAGGUGACUGUGUCUGUGUGGACAUGCUGUUUUUGCUUUUGCUGCAGCUGUUUUUGCAAGGCCUCUGCCUCAUUUGCAUUUUUCUGUUUAAAAACAGUGAUUUUUCCCUUUUGAGUCAUCUUUAUUUUUGAGACAUCAUUAAUUUUCUCUCCCUCCUUGUUUAUUAAUAGAUCGUUUCACUUUUGUGCUGAUGCUGCCUGGUUAUAUUUGUAAAGUCCUUUGUAUUCCCCUUAGCAUUCUGGCUGUUAACUCCUUCUGCUGGUUUGUUGUCCCUUCCCUCUCCUGUGCCCCCCUGCAGUUGUGAGGGGACACUAUUGACUUUCAAAUCAUCUUCCUGUCUGGAAUGUUCCCCUUCUCUUGUUCCAGGUAUCUCCUAAGAGCAUCUAUUCCAGGUGUCUCCUAAGAGUAUUGCAAGUGAAAGGCACAAUUGAAAUCUCUCUCAGUGCCUUGGAUGCUUUUGCCACCUCCUCACACAGCCAGUGUUUGCUGUGGCUGCUGAAGAGCUCUUUCUCCUGGCAGCAGGGGACAGGAGGUCUUAAAACCUGCGGGGCUGCAGGCAGGAGUUGGAUGGAAUGCAGCUCUUCGCUCCUUGAAUGCUUUGCCUUGUACUAGUGGCUGUGUUCAUGCCUUUGCUCUGUCUCCACCAGGUAUCCAGGUCCUUUCCUGACCCCGUUGCCUGCUGUUGAGCCAGGUGGCCUGGGCUGGAGCUCUGCUGAGAGCAGGAGAGGUGCAAGGUAGCCAAAACCUCUGACAGUCCUUGUCCUGGCUGUCAGGGGCUGGUGUUAUGCAGUUGGCACUGGUGGCACCAUGCAGCAGGAGGCGGAGGGCGGCCGGGUGCGCCGCAGGAAGCCUGACAUGGCGCUCUACGUGCCCAAAGCGCGGCGGGAGAGAGAGGCACAAGCGGCAGGCGACAUACGGGCUGGGCACCGCCGGGAGCCUGAGAACCACCGCCGGGAGCCUGAGAACCACCGCUGGGAGCCUGAGAGCCACCGCCGGGAGCCUGAGAGCCACCGCCGGGAGCCUGAGAACCACCGCCUGGUGCAGGACUCUGGCUGGGCCAGUGGCGAGGGGCAGAGGAGAAGCCCCUGUGCCAGAACACAGGCAGGCAGAGCGGCAAGGAGGGAAAACAAGGUGGAUGCCGUCCCAAAGGAGCUGCGGACAGCCUCUGCCAGGCACAGCCAUAGGACGAGAGGCAGCUGCCCUACUGCACUGGAAAGCCUGGAGGCAUCACCCAGCAUGUGUGAGCCAUGCCCAGAUCCAGCUCUUGCUCAGCCCCGGGACAGGCAGGACAAAGCAUCUCAUGAAGAACCUGGAGAGCUCAGCCAUGACCACAGGAUAAGGACUGAGCCUGACCCUCCAUCCCCAGAGAAUGUCCAGGCUGGGGCUGUGAAGGCUACCCCCAAGCCUGAGGAUGACUCCACUAGCCCAACACCCGCUGCUAGCCCAACAAUGGUUUGUCAGACAGGCCUGAGUGGCAUGUUGGAGCACUUGGGGGACAGCACUCUAGAUCCAGCUGGGUGCCUCUCCCAAGGCCUGGGAGAGGCUGUCCUGCAGUCAGCAGGGGUGGGCAACCAUGGAAGAGUGCCCCAGGUGGAGGUGGGGACAGUGAAUCCAAAAGCCUGGGAGGAGGAGAGGUCUCUCCUGGCAGAACAGAGCAAGGGUUGUGCCACUGGAGUGCCAAAGGAAGAGGAGACAUGGGGAGGCAGAGCUGAGCUUCCUGGGGAGAGCACGUUGUGUGCACCAGGAGCCAGCUGCCAACCUGCGUUCCUGAGGGGCAGCAUGGGCGACGUUCCAGUGCUCCCAGGGGAGAGCACUCCACAGCAGGGCACGGGCAGCCCAUCCCAGCUUCCGCCCGUCAUGGGGGAGAGCGCUGCUGGUGCUGGGGAUCCCAGUGGGGAGGGUGACCUGGUGCCUGCUGUAGUGGAAGCAGGCAGCACAGAUAGCAGUGCUGGAUCUGAGAGCAGCCCGUGGGAAGGAGCACCUCUGGAAAGCUGUGAGCCCCCAGUGCCCCUAGAGCAGCUGUGCCAUGGCAUGGAGGGGAUCUCACCUGCGUCCUGGGCCAAGGAGCUGGCAAGGCCAGAUGAGGAUGUGGGCUCGCUGCAGAAGCACCAGGAGGCUGAGAAAGAAGAGAGAGGUCUCCACAGCAGCUCCCCUAAGGAAGGACAGACCAGUGCCAGUGCUGAAACCCUGAGCCAGACCAGCCCAGGUUCUGAGGAGAGCUGGGAUGUGCUGUUCAAUGAUGAUGGAGACUGCCUGGACCCACGCCUGCUGGAGGAGCUCUCAGGAGGUGAGAAGCACCAGGAGAGCCAGCAGUCACCUCGCUUCAACUACUAUGGGGCCGAACCUGCUGCUCCAGACAUCAGCGAUGAUGAGCUGCCCCACGUCAUCGAGAUCUAUGACUUCCCCUCGGAUUUCCGCACCGAGGAUCUGAUGCGUGUCUUCUGCAGCUAUCAGAAAAAAGGCUUUGAUAUUAAAUGGGUGGAUGAUACGCACGCCCUGGGCAUCUUCUCCAGCCCCAUAACAGCACGCGAUGCCCUCAGCACCAAGCACCUGAUGGUGAAGACACGCCCACUGUCCCAGGGCACCCGCGCCUCUAAAGCCAAAGCCAGGGCAUAUGCUGAGUACCUGCAGCCAGCCAAGGAGCGCCCUGAAACAUCAGCUGUCCUGGCCAGGCGGCUGGUGAUCGGUGCCCUGGGGGUACGGAGCAAGCAGACACCAGCCCAGCGAGAUGCCGAGCGGAGGAAGCUGCAAGAAGCUCAAGAAAGGAAGCGCCUGGAGAACAAGCAGCGGGAGGAUGCCUGGGAGGGCCGGGACUGAGCCAGGAGGCUGCACUUUCAGCCCAUGUCCCUCUCUGCAGGCAGGCAGAGCAUUCUGCAUCUCAGAGCUGGGACAGAUUCUGCGUCCAAAAGCACUGGGCUGCUUUGCCGAAAGGGCUGAGCAGCACGUGGGCUGGUUGGUGCUGUGGGGAUGCUGUUGCUGUCAGGCAGCACUGCCCACCCUGCCCAGGGCAGAACCCCCAAGGCUGCCAGCCACAGCAGGAGCAACAGCAGGAUGCAGGGAGCUCAGCAGAGAGCGUGAGGGGCUGUGUGGGGUGGCCCUGGCCACCUGGAAGGGCCUUGUGAGUGAGAGUUUCUGUCCUUUAUUUUGCUAAUAAAUGCCAUUUAUUUUA